AUGUUUCCGCCGACUGCAACGCUUAUCUCAAGACUACCGCAAGACGCCCUUUAUGAAAUUUUCUCCUUCAUUGCAGUCCCCGUCCUCCAGACGACACCUGGAUGGGAGCCACAGGUGACAUUCCCCAAAGGCAGAUCGCAGUCUCACCUCCGGCCCUUGAGCGUUCUUCGGAAGGGGUCCCAAGUCUGUAGAACAUGGCGCAAGAUGCUCCUGGACUCGCCCGUGUUGUGGGGUCGAGCAAUCGACUUCGAUGUUCUCGUCUUCGCCGACAACGAAUGGAGAGAAGAAGUUACCAAAAGAACGAAGACAGCCCCCCUUUUCGUCACCGGCUCAUUAGACAAGACCACAGACAAAAUUCUGUCCUCGUUUCUCGCCAAAUACUGGAGCAGGGUCGAAGUUUUGGAGAUACACUCGGAGCAGAGCUGGCCAGGCCCGGAUGGAUACGUUUUCUCCCCGAACGAUUGGUCAUUUUUGGCCCAGCCAACGAACACGAUAAAACAUUUUGUGCUGAAAAUACCCACCACAAGCGACAUGGAUCACCAAUUAUUUUCCGGAAAUGCACCGUCCAUACGCUUCUUCUCUACUCACCGCAUAUUCCACCAUAUCAAUCCGUCUUGGGCCGCAAAUCUUCAUCAUCUGGAAAUCCAAAUCGUCGCCACCUACCAUGAACCAAGACUCACAGCCCAGGAGAUAUUCUCUGCGCUGAUGGUUGCUCAUACCCUCGAAGUUCUAAUUCUCGUGGGCUCGUUAGAAGAGAAGCCUGCUGGGCGACUUCAGAAAAUCAAUCUCCCUAAUUUGCGGCACAUAACCAUCAACGAUACCGUCUUCGCAUGCAACACCGUCCUUGGAAAUAUAACCGCACGUAGGGGAUGCUGUCUCUCUGUGGACGCUUGUGAUGAACCGGAUUUUGUUGACGCUACCCCGGACGACCUGUUAACGACACGAGAUCUAUGCAUGGGAUACUUUACUCAGUACUACGAACUUCACGCUCCGCAGGAAAGUCACUUUCAAAUCUCCGACUUGAAGGAUUCCCAUUUCCUCGCCAUCACCCCUUCCGAGAACCGUCCGAUUGAUACUCAGGAGGGCUCAUCGGAAGGUUUCGCCGUCAUGAUCGAUGCCUCGAUGACCUCCACUCGUACUCCACGCAACUUUGUCGAAGGCUUAGUCGGUCUCGACUUCUCUAGCAUCAUAUCCCUCGACCUCGAAAUGGAUCCUGAGGAGGUCGAGCCCUCUAGCCCUUACUUCUUGUCGUUUCUUUCCUCCUUUGGUUCGGUCACAACACUGAUGACGAACCUCCAAACGCUGGACUCCGUUCUCAACCAUCUACCGUCGUUCGAACCGCUCAAGACCCCUUUGUUUCCAUCCCUCGUUACCCUGAAGAUAUGCACGUCUUAUGACCCUGUUUCGAUGGAUCUGGAAACUUUACAACCAGUCCUUUCGUUUCUGCAAAGAAGGUCAGACCUCAGGAAAGCGAUACAAAUAUUGGACCUCGCAGAUCUGUUUCGGUAUCCUUACAUUCACCAAAACGACGAGUCGAAUGACGCAAGCAACGUUGUGGCUAAAAUCGAAGGUUUAGAUGUUCUGUGGACAAAACCAGUAAAUAUCCUCGUCUAG